ACGAUCAUUGUUAUUGUUUUCCAAUUUUUCCAUGCUUUUGCAACCUUUGUUUGUAAAGUCAUCAAUUCUGUUUGAUUUGGAGCAGUGAAAACAAAGAUGAGCAAGAGAAAAGCGCCUUCAGAUGAUAAUCCCAAUGCUGACUUUGUGGAUUUUCUGAUUGAAUUAUCCAAUUAUGAGAAAAAUGUGACUCGCCAAAUGCACAAAUAUAACGUUUACCGUAAAGCUGCAAGCACACUGGCCAAAUACCCAACCAGAAUCAAAAGUGGAGACGAGGCAAAGAAAUUGGAUGGUAUUGGAAAACAAAUAGGCAAGAAGAUUGAUGAAUUCAUUGAAACUGGAUCUCUUAGAAAAUUGGACAAGAUCAUGGCAGAUGACAACAAUGUAGCCAUCAAUCUCCUCACCAGAGUAACGGGUAUUGGGCCUGCUGCAGCCCAGAAAUUAGUGAAGGAAGGCAUCAUGUCUAUUGAAGAUCUGAAGAAGAAUGAAGAUAAACUCAACCAUCACCAGAAAAUAGGAUUAAAGCAUUUUGAAGACUUUGAGAAGAGAAUACCAAGGGAAGAGAUGGUCAAACUGCAGGAUCAUGCCUUCGCUGAGAUAGAAAAACUUGACAGUCAAUACAUUGCUAAAGUGUGUGGAAGCUUUAGAAGAGGUAAGCAGUCUAGUGGUGAUAUUGAUGUCCUCCUUGCUCAUCCUUCAUACACAUCACAGACACAGACCCCCAAGAAAGGAAAAGGCAAGUCGCAGUACUUGAAUACAGUGGUUGAGAAGCUGGAGGAAAUUGGAUUCAUCACAGAUACGCUCUCUCAUGGAGAAUCAAAGUAUAUGGGUGUUUGUCAACUUCCACCGACGAAGGAGGAGCCAGAACCAGCAUUCAGAAGACUUGACAUCAGGUUGAUUCCACAUGACCAGUACUACUGCGCACUCCUUUAUUUCACCGGCAGUGAUCUCUUCAACAAGGACAUGAGAGGUAUUGCCUUGGAGAAAGGCUUCACGUUGAACGAGUAUACAAUCAGGCCAAUGGGAAGCACUGGCAUCGCGGGAGAACCACUUCCAGUCUCUUCUGAAGAAGAUGUAUUUGACUACAUUGAAAUGAAAUACAAGAAACCUGAAGAAAGGAGCAUGUGAAGAUGGAUUCACGACUCUUCUGUGUCAAUUUCAUUGUCAUCAAAAAUGUCCGAGAUCUGUUUAGGUACCAUAUUCUGUUGUCAUGUUUCCUGUGCACCUGCCUCCUUUGUAUCUUGCUGUGGCUGAGGCAAGGAAGUGGCUAGGGAACCAGUCUACUCAGACAGCUGAAGUUGGCCCAAAUGAUGUGCAAUCACUCAGAAACUUGUGCACAGUGCAGUAAUAAGUGGCGACAUUGUAUCACCUGUAACAUUCCCAUGCUCUGUGAGUCAGGGUGAUUGGCUUAAAGUACCUGCUUGUUAUAGCAAAAUAGAUACAGGCCUUUGAAUAAUCAAUACAUUAUGAUGUACUGUCAAUAUGAGUCAGGUUACACAUUUACUUAAAUGAGUCAUCUUCUGUUGAUUAGCAGAUGCAUUGCUUGUUGCAGAUAUUCUCUUUAGAAUUGGUGAACUAUUAUAUUUUAGUCAUUUCUAUAGUUAUGUAUACAUUGUGGUAUCAAUUUGAUAUUCUGAAAGAGAAAU